AUGUCGCCGUCUCCCGCCAAAACCUUGGCCGAUCUUACACCGUACAUUGUCAACGACUCAGUCUACACCCUAAACGUACACCAUCCUGCAUCCGAUCCUGUCCCUGAUCCUGAACCUGAGUUCUUCGCAGUCACGAAACGUGAUUCUGGUAACCACAACGACUUCGAUGUUAGCCUGCCUGCAAAGCCUGCUCUUGCGAUCGACUCCAUUCACCCAAGCACCGGGAUUUCUUCCGAGCACGCUGGUCGUGUCACGAUUGGCAUAGAGGACUCGACGUAUACACCACGGUCUCAACUUGCACCCGACACACUCGCAAACCUGUCGUCCGAAAACUCGUGCGGUCCAACUUCAUCUGUUCCAAGUACCUGGGACGUCUCUCCAGAGGCAGACGCCAAUUCUUCCCCACCAAGUCUCCUCCCGAGCAGAUUUGGAUGUAUCAAUACCGAAAGUAAGCUAUCACACUCUGGUCCAAUGUCGUCCACUUCGGGUUCCAGCGAUGAUGUUUCGCGAAAAGACACCACGCGCUCUUCAACAAGCAGCAUCGCUAGGGGCCUCAGGAGAACGAAUCCGGACAUGAGAAUGUUCGACCAGGCCAAAGAGGCUAACGACUCCAGGAAAAGACGCAAUUCAGAGAGUACUGAUGAACAUCCCCGCCCUCAGACGAAAUUAGCAUACGUACCCCCAAACUUCAAUUCUCCGCCCGUAUCGGAAGUACUUCAUGGCGUAGAAAAAGCCUCGCAACAGAUCCAGCAUACAGAAGAACAUGUCAAGAAAGUCAAUAUCACCAGUCCAACGCAAAGGGGAAUAAAAGACAGGAGGAACCUGCUUCCGACGGAAGCACAGAAGCUUACUCUUCCAAUGGAAUUAUCGUCGCUCCCCGGACGUUGCAUGCCAGCAGCGGCGCUCGUAAAUCUCAAGGAUCUUUCACACCCUCGGCCGCAAAGCCCAUCCGUUCACAAGGUGCCUCUAACUUGUGCUGCUGCAAGCUCUGACUCCUCGCCCGGCUUUCUUCCAUUCACCGUUACUACUAUAUCCAGUGGCUCAUCGAUCAGUCACGAUGGAAUGCCCUCACCGCAGUCACCCCAAAGCCCCCAGGCUCGUCGCACCAAGGACCUCCGAUACACGUCCCGUUCGCUGUUCGGAAGGAAUCGUAAUGGUACCAACGACAAUUCACAGCCAAAGGCAAACCAGACUUCUCUCCCAUCACCGAUUAGCCCUAAUACAACAGCCAUGGAGGAGGCCCAGCAAAUAGCGAAAAACACUCGGAGGCGCUGGGGUGGGUCCAAAUCAUUCAACACAGAGCCGCUUACCCCGGAUUCACCAAGUCCCGAUUCAUCGAGCCAACGCUUCUCUUUAAGCCGAUUUCUCAACGGCAGGAAACAUAAACGAAGCUCUUCGGGCACUUCCCCUGCGCACACUGUUUGCUCAGAUGAGCCUAGCAUAAGAGGCUCUACAUCUUUUCCGCAAGAGGCAUUCCUGGAAAGUUUAGCUCAUUUAUCGUGUCCACCGGAUUUUGUUCCACCUGGUCUCCAGCGUGUUCCUACGCCCAACCCUAACAACAAGGACCGCGAUGCAAAACCGAACGACUUCUCCUUCGACUCCAUGGGCAAUCUGAAGGCCAAUCAUUCAUCAACCGCACGAAGAGAGGAGUGGGACUCUGAUGCACUUCUCUUGUCCGCGAUUAGAUAUCACGCUCCCUUUUCCGACGUUUCCUUUACCGACUCAUCAUAUCGACCUUCGCCACGAUCGAAGCCGCGAUCAGAUUCUCCGGUACCAAUGGUUGAUCAAGAUGAUUGGUUCCGCGUGCAGUACGGUUAUGAGGACUCUAUGUACUGUAACGAACAGCUCUUCAGCCCGGAGGCUCGCGCAAAGCAUGAGUGGGUCCUUCCGGAGCAUUUACCCACGAGCCCGCUCUGCCCAUUGCACGUGAAAUACAAAGGAGCAAAUAAAGGCGUCUGUGUUUACCACGGUAUAGAAGAAGACCAGGUCACUGGGUCGGAAAAGAAGAUGAAGACCAUGGAUACCCCUGUAGAGGAAAGGGUGGGAAGUCUUUCCAAAGUGAAGUCCAGGAGGCUGGCUAGUCUCUCUGGUCCUUAA